AUGGCAGUAGAUUCGCGAUUAGUUACCGCACACGGCGCCACGGAGCAUUCAGCGGAGCCGGCGUUGCUCCCCACGACCUCCACGUUCUACUCUUCCAACAAAUCCGCCGAUUCCUCCUCAUCGCCUUCCACCUCUUCGUACUCCUCGAACGGCAGCACCGCCAAAGCCUAUCAUGACGUCCCUAUCUACCGCGCGACGGACGCAGCGCCUCUGCCCGAGGCGCCUUCGCCUUCCUUUAGUCCGUUUCGCACCGCGCCAUACAGCGACCGCUUUAUUCCUAGCCGCUCGUCGUCGCUCGCCUUCUCCUUCCCGCUCCUCGACCGUCCCGGCGACCCUCCGCAAACGUCGCACGGUUUCGGCGCGGGCCCCGAGGGGCGGGAGGACAGCGCAGCAGCGUACUCGCUGCUGCUGAAGUCGCAGCUGCUCGGCGCGCAUCUCUCCGCGCCGCCUGCGCUAGGAUCGAGUUCCGCACAAGAGUCGGAAAAUCUCUUCCGAUAUAUUAACGGCGCAAGCAGCGCAGGCGGCGCCGCGGAUCAUGGCGGGGGAAGCGGGCUGGACUCGCCGCUGUCGCUGUCGCCCAUCGGGUUGGACGCCGCCUUGUGCGGGCUGCCGUUCAGCCCCAAAAAGGCGCCACGGAAAAUUGCAAGAUCGCCUUUCAAGGUCCUAGAUGCGCCCGCGCUACAGGACGACUUCUAUCUGAACCUCGUCGACUGGUCGUCCACCAACGUGCUCGCCGUGGGGCUCGGCUCGUGCGUCUACCUCUGGAGCGCCGCCAGCAGCAAGGUGUGGGACGUGGUGAAGGGGCGUCGAGUGCGGUCCAUGGGCGGCCACAGGGUGCGAGUGGGAGCCAUGGCGUGGGCGGCGAACGUGCUGGCAACAGGCAGCCGCGACCGCAGCGUGCUGCAGCGGGACGUGCGCUCGCCCGUGGACUUUGUAGCUCGACUCACGGCUCACCGGAGUGAAGUGUGCGGACUGAAAUGGUCGCCUGAUGACAGGGAGCUGGCAUCCGGAGGGAAUGACAACCAGCUCCUAAUCUGGAGUGUGCUAACGUCACAGCAGCCAGUGGUGCGGUUCACGCAGCACCAGGCGGCAGUGAAGGCCAUCGCCUGGUCGCCGCACCAGCACGGGCUACUGGCCUCAGGGGGCGGCACGGCUGACCGCUGCAUCCGCUUCUGGAACACCGCCACAGCCACGCCGCUGUCCUGGGUCGACACCGGUAGUCAGUUGGCCACUCUAACCGGCCACACCAUGCGGGUGCUCUUCCUCGCCGUGUCGCCAGACGGCCAGACCAUUGUAACGGGAGCGGGCGAUGAGACCCUUAGAUUCUGGAAUGUCUUUCCGGGAACCAAGUCACAGGAACCCCCAAGCUCGUCCAUGCUGGCAUCAGAGCGCAGCCACAUUCGAUGA